UAAAACCAAUUAUAGUAGUACGCCUGCUGCUAUAAUGACAUUCCCUGCUGGCAUACUAUCGGACAAAUUGCCUGUUAAAUACCUAUUCACCCUGGGCAUCAUAGCAUCAGGCACAUCUAGCCUAAUAUUCUCCUUAUCUAGCACUUACAACUACUAUGCCAUCGCCUGGUUCAUACACGGCCUGGGCAUGACCUGUUCAUUUGGCAUGAUACCCAAACUGGCCAUGUUGGUAUCGGAUCCAGGGCAAAUGGCCACCAGCAUGUCGGUGAUAAUGACCGCGAUAAACGCAGCUGGCAUAAUUAACCCGGUGUUAAACUCAACGUUAUUUGAAUCGUGGCGAAUGAACAUGGUUGUUUAUGCUUGUGCGCUCAUGACCAUCGGGCUAAUUUGCUUGACAAAACUUGGGCAUGGUCGUAAAACUGGUCGUGUUAAUAAGAAGAAAAAUGAUCAAGCAACAGUAGCCAAAGAUCAAGGCAUAAAGCCCGCCUUGGUUAAAAAUCCCAUGUUAUGGCUGUGUGUAAAUAGCCAGAGUUUAAGUAUUAUGAUCACGAUGAUUUUGGGCGCUUGGGUUGGUCUAUAUUUUACAAAUGAACUGAACAUGGACCCAUACAUGUCAACCUUGUUUACGAGCAUGAUGAAUUUCGGCGCAGUGUUUGGUCGUAUAGCCACAGCCAAAGCGCUGGACCAUCUGGUGGUUAAGGCCAAAAACAAAGCUAAUCAAAAUAAACUACCAUAUAACCUGAUUAAGGCUAGGUUACCUGUGAUGAUCGGGCUAACUCUACUGCUAACCUGGUGUAUGCAUUUAAUUAGCGUAGGAUUGGGCACAGAGUCCAGCACCUGGUUUGUGGCACUGGUAGCCAUCGGUGUGGGCGCUGCCACCGCUGGUACUAUGCUAUCGGUGUCGGUGUGUAUAAUGGAAGUGGACCCGAGCAACGCAGGCCUGUGCCAAUCUAUCAUACAGUUUACCAUCAUAGGGGCCGAUAUUAUCAAUGGUCUACCUGUGAGUAUGUUUGCCGGUGCUUAUGGUUGGCAAGCGGUGUUUAUUAUGGCUGAGAUCAUGUGCGUUUUGGUGGCCGGGUAUCAGAUAUUUGUAUUACGCUUGUUUGGUCUUAAUAAGGUUAAAUCAGAG